CUUGGCUUGGAUGGAAGUGAAGUAAACUGCGAGAGCUUCCCUCUUCCCACGCUUGGAACCCACCUCCGUGAUCUCGCACUGGAGGUCCAUGAAGGACAAGGGUUCGUGAAUAUUCGCAGCCUCAAUUCAGCUGCAUACUCUCAUGAGGACAAUAUGCUCUUAUUUUUGGGCAUUUCUAGCUACAUUGGAGAAACCAGAGGAAAGCAGGAUGACGAGGGACAUAUCAUUGCCCAUAUUCGCAAUGCUAAAGGCAGCUCUACCCCACAAGAAGAGCGCUCAACCAGACAUUCGAACUUAGCCCUGGACUUUCACAACGAUAUGUUUGCAAAUAUCUUGGCAAUGCACACACGAGCCUGCGUAACCCAUGGAGGUAAUCACAACCUUGCAUCGGCAGGGAAAGUUUACAAUGAACUGGCUGUAGCCAAACCAGCUCUCUUGGAUCUCAUGUCAAGCUCAGUUUGGGGUUUUGAGACCCAUGGGAAGCUAUUUGGGUCUCAAAUACGUCCCCUCAUAUACCAAGAGAACGGAAAAUUCAUCAUGAACGUCAUUACUCGGCCACUCCUUGGAAUGCCUGGCGUCCCCCGUUCAGCUGACCUUCCUGAAAUGACCCCUGGUAAACUCGAGGCUCUCCUCGCGAUCCAAGCUCUUGCUCAGAAACACAAGCUGUGCAUUUCUCUUCAGCCUGGUGAUAUGACUUUUAUCAACAACUUCACCAUCUUGCACUCUAGAGACGCAUUUGUGGACAGUGGAGAUGACAACCGUUACCUUGUCCGCUUGUGGUUGAGGAAUGAGAAUUUGAAGUGGGAUCUGCCUGACUACCUUCAAGAGGGUAACUCUCGAAUGUUCUAG